ACUCGGCUUUUGCACUCCGAAGUCUCAUCUCUAUCUCUAGUUUCUAUAUGCGGCCUGCGGGGGGGGCCAGCAGCAGGCCAACUUUUCCACGACACUUUUCGUUUUGAAUUUCAAAUUCGAAAUCAACGAGGACGACGACCACCAUAACGAUGUAAUCAUAAAAUCGAUAAUUGAUUCAUAAACCAGAGGAUAAAGGGUUUUCAAGUUUGGAUUUUUCGUAGGUCUCACGACAUCAAAUUAACCACAACCAUGGGAGAAUCGACGUGCCUCAUGCAACCAUUCUCCUAUGUUUCAGGCAUUCCCAAUGAAGCACAUGAGGGGAACCCAAUUCAUGCACUUGGGCAUUCAAUAUCAUUUGGGAGGUUCACGUCAGAGUCGUUAGCUUGGGAAAGAUGGUCCACAUUCUCUCACAACCGCUAUGUAGAAGAGGCAGAGAGAUACUCCCGCCCUGGCUCUGUUGCACAGAAAAAGGCUUUCUUUGAAGCACAUUACAAGAAAGUUGCUGCUCAAAGGGCUGCAGCCUUGCUUGAACAAGCAAAUGCUAAUGCUGCUGCUGCUGUAGCAUCAGACAAUGCCCCUGAACCCAAAUCUGAAAGCCAAGAUCUGAAGACCGUGGUUCCAACCUCUGAAGUGGUCGUCAAUGAACAAGUAGAAAAGGAAGAGGAAAAGGUGGUCGAAGAGCCAACUAAAAAAGAAGCAGCUUUCACUGGUAAUACCAAUGGGUAUUCAGACACUGAAAUGGACAAACUUGCAAGCAGCAGGGUGCAAGUUGCUGAUAUACCUGCAACUCAUGAACCCCAAGUUUUGGCGGAGAAUUCUGCAGAGCCUGAACUUUCAAGCCAAAUGCACAAUGCUGUUAACGACAAGGAGGAAAAUGGUAUGGAGCUCAGUGGCACACCCCAGAGUGAAAAACCUCUGUUAAAGCAGAGCUACAGCUCAAAUCAAGAAGCUUCGACACCCAUAAAAAGGAAGAAAACAAGACUCUUUACCUCCUCAAAAUCAUCAUUAGCGUAUCAUAAAGCACCCAAGGUCCCAUCUUCUCCAGCCAAACCCAUAGUUUCUAGUUGUUCCAGAAAGGAUGAUAUUCUCACCCCAUUGAGAAAGAAGCCGGCAACAGAAUUGGAGGACAAGAAAAGAUCAACUCCCAAAUCACUUCACAAGUCAGUCAGUUUCACACCCAUCAGGGAACUUUCCAGAUUGACUUCAACAGUCAUCAGGAAGAUUGAAAAUUCAAGAGUUGGUGCUAGUUCUUCCAAGACAUCAAAAGAUUGCAUGACUCCUCUAAGAACUCCAACUACGGUAUCUAAGAAUGAGGUGCACAAGCGUUGUACAAAAACCCCAUGUUCCGAAAAGAGAAGGGCGAAAACACCACUUGAUCCCUCAGCAAGUGGAACCAAAACACCUCUGUCUAGAUGGCGCUCACUCCGUACAGAUUGUUCAAAGUUUUUGAGUGCCUGCAGAAACAAGGCGCGGUCCCCAUUUUCAUCUGCCCCUUUCAACUUAAGAACAGAGGAAAGAGCUGCAAGUAGAAAAAAGAAGCUUGAAGAAAAGUUCAAUGCUAAUGAGGCACAAAAGGUGCAGGUACAAAGAAAACUCAAGGAGAAAGAAGAAAUAGAGAUUGGAAAAUUUCGCCAAACCCUUUGCUUCAAGGCCAGGCCACUUCCUGAUUUCUACAAAGAAAGAAAAUCACAAAAGAGUGAGAUAGACAAGGUUCGCGUGGCUCAUCCUCUGCCACAGAAGCUAGGGAAAAUGUCCACUCUCACUCCAACUCCAAGCGUAGUUGAGGCCUCAACGUCUCUAUCUCCUAGAGGAGCUCCAAUCAAGAGCAGUGGCACCAAGAAUGUCCAGGGAAAGAAUAAGCGAACCUCAACUUGUUCUCUCAUUUCACGAUCCUUAAAGACUACUCGUGAGAAUACAUCUCCAAACAUUCAGCUGGGAUAACCCAAGCUUAAGAAGCCAAGUUUCUGUUGGAGCAGAAUUUAUUGAGAU